GCGGAGCGAGUUGGGUGCCUCUGCGACGAGCUAGGAGUCAGCUGCCACACGGAGCUACGGGAAAGAACACCGUUACCAGGGGGAAAUAAAUCAAGAUGCCUGCAAAUAAAGAAGAUGGCGGAUGGAAGAAGUUCUUUUGGAACUCGGAGACCAGGGAACUGCUCGGUCGUACCGGUGGAAGUUGGUUCAAAAUUUUCAUCUUCUAUCUCGUUUUCUAUGGCUGCUUGGCUGGCAUCUUCAUCGGCACCAUCCAGGCCCUGCUGCUCACCAUAAGCAAUUACAAGCCCACCUGGCAGGACAGAGUCGCACCCCCUGGCCUUUCACACACCCCACGGUCAGAAAAAUCUGAAAUGGCCUUUGACCCCAGAGACCCUGAGACCUACCUGGCCUACACCAAGGCAUUGAAGAAUUUCAUGGCAAAGUAUGAUGAGGAAGGCCAGAAAGACCAGAUGAAAUUUGAGGACUGUGGAGAGCAACCUGCUGAAUACAAGAACCGAGGCGACCUGGAAAUGGAUGUGGGUGUCAGGAAGGCCUGCCGUUUCUCCAGGUCCCUGCUGGGACCCUGCUCCGGCCUCGAGGACACCGAGUAUGGCUUCAAGGAAGGCAAGCCCUGCGUAAUCGUGAAACUCAACAGGAUCGUGAACUUCCGUCCGAGGGCUCCUAGCACAAAUGCUAGCAUCCCUGAAGAGGCCCAACCCAAGGUGCAGCCCAAUCUGAUCCCCAUCUACUGCACCAACAAGAGAGAGGAGGAUGCCGGUAAAAUCGGAGAAAUCAAGUACUAUGGCAUCGGCGAGGGCUUCCCUCUACAGUAUUACCCUUACUAUGGGAAGCUGUUGCACCCUCAGUACUUGCAGCCACUGGUGGCGCUGCAGUUCACCAACCUGACCCGAAACAUGGACCUACGUAUCGAGUGCAAAGUGUUCGGAGACAACAUUGACUACAGCGAAAAGGACCGCUACCAGGGACGCUUUGACAUCAAGUUCCAGGUCGCUGGUUUAUGACUGCCAUCAGAACCAUAGUACUUUGUCUGACCGCCAUCGCCAUCCUUGCCCGUCCUGUCUCUAGUCAUUAGCUAAAUCUACUGUAGGAGAUGAAUAGUGGGGGGGGGGGGUAGGUUUUAGCGGCUAUGUCAAUCACAACUAGUCUUUAAAUGAAUAACGAAAGGAGAAAAAUGAUGUGUAAACUUACUGCUUUCAUCACUCGCUUCUACACUUCUUGCAUUUAGACUGUAAUUUAGAGGAAGAGUAGCAAUAGGCCUAAUAAAUAUUUAUUCUGCUGUAAAUGAGACUUUUCCACAAGCCAUGGGACAUUUGUUCAUCGCUGACUGUAAAGUGUAAUUCCACCGCGUGUCCCCUCUGUGUAUUGCUGCCUCGUGUGGCUUUGGUAGAUAUUUCUGCAGUGCGCAUUAGUCAAACUCAGCUUCUCUUAAAUCACCUCAUUCUCACUUUCCGAGAGCAAACUCUAGCUGUGUGACUGAGCGUGUGUGUGUGUGUGUGAAUGUGAAUGUGCGAGUGUGUCGGACAUGAACACACACUCCACUUAUUUAAUUAUUGAAAUAGUUUGGCUUGGUACACUCUGCUACCUGUGUAAGAGAAAAAGCUUCACUCCAGGGAAUUGUCUUUCGUCUUUGUGUUCAUUUUUACCUUUGAUCAAGGGAGACUCUUUUUACUUUGCCUUUUUCUCUUUUUGUGCUUGUUCAAUCACUUAAAAUGUGUGAAGGGGUUUUAUGACUUGGUUUCAAGCCUUUUACUUUUGAUCUUUUUUCUUUUUUUUUUUUGCCUUGAAUGUAGAGUUGUGUGUCCAGCAUUUAGCCUGCUGUAACGGCCAGUGGUGCUAACAAGUUUAUAUAUAUUAUUAUUUUUGUUGCUGGACUCAUGACAGCAUUUUGCUGUACAUACCCGGUUAUCAGUGAACAUGGAAGAAUUUUAUAUUUAUGCAGUUGUACAUUUUGUUUCCUUGCAGAAUGUUGUAAUGUAUAAAUGCAAUACCAAAGUGACAAGUUGAAGGAAGCCUUCAUCAGAAGCAAUGCAGUACUGGUUUUUAGGAUCUCAUUACGUCAAGUGCUAAAGUCAGUGUCUCGACUCGCGGCCUCUAAACAUUGGAUUUGUGUUUUAGCCAUAAAUGUAGUUCUGUGUAGAAUUAACAGGCCGUUUAAUUCCACCGUGACUUAACCACAGUGCAUUUCAAAAAGAGAUGGAGUUCUUUCAGAGCUCAUGGCUUUAGCAGACUUUACCAUUUAGGCUUUAAUGUUCCAUGAGGUCUGUUCAUCCACCUUUGUCAUUCAAUCAAAGGUAGAAACAAAUAAAAAUCAUAUUUGACCUUU